CCUUAUGUAUCCUGAAAACCGACCAUGUUCCCAUGUUCCUUUGUUCCUUUGAUUGUUUUGGGGUCUCAGUGAUAUGAUACUUUAUGGCCUAACAUGGUCUCGCUCUUACAGGUUAUGUCACCCCACAGACCGACUGGAAAUCCAGCCGUGAAAGAGAAGGGCUGAUUCCGGACCCCUCCGUGUUUCCGCAGCUGCGCCCCUCCCUGUCCCCAUGGCGACAGGAGGUCAUGCCCCCGAGACAGAUGUGUUGAUCAACCUGCAUCAGGUUUUGUCGGAAGAAGAGAAGGGCUCCACAGCAGGACAAGAAGAUGAGGAAUGGGAGAAGGCCUUGUCUGUGGAGAGGUUUGGGGACAUCAUCACUGAGUCUGCCAUCAACGGAGCAGACAAAAUGGGCCGCAGCUACAAUGAGAAAGACUUUGAGUAUCACCGGCAUACAUUUCACCACACCCACCACCCCCUGUCCACCCAUCUCCCCCCGCAGCGUUUCCGCAAGAGGGUGCUCAGUAUGGACCGCCGGCGAAAGAAAAAGAGGAAAAAAAAGAAGACUUCUAUGCCCCCGUCAGAUGUCACGCCCACUAUUCAUGAAGUGGAUGAGGAGGGGGCGGAGUCUGAGAUUGAGGGACAGUUCCAAGCAGCCACGCCCACUGAACCAUCUGAAGAGCCACCACAGCUCAGUUUGGGGAGUGAGGAGGAUCUGGCGGCCGAUCUCCCUCUCACCAGCUUCAAUAUGGAGAGCGAAAGACCCCCGAGCAGUGAGGAGACCCCAUCCAGCACCGCCGGAAUGGAGGAGCAGGAGGAAACACCAGAACGACUGGAUGGAGGAGAGGAGGAGGAGGUUUCCAACAGGUUUAGCCCACUUCCAGAACCUGCCAGUAUUGCAACGCGAAGCUGGUUUCGCAGGAAGCCUGUUCACCGGCUGGCUGGAGCCCAGCGGACCAGCUAUGACCUACGAGAACGCAUCUGUAUAGGCAGCAUGACAGCCAUAGAGACUGCGGUGUACCAGAAAGUACCUACAGACGAGGCGGAGGCUCAGAUGCUAGCCAGCGCUGAUCUGGAUGACAUGAAAAGUCACCGUUUUGAGGACAAUCCUGGGGUUAGACGUCACCUCGUCAAGAAAUCAUCACGUUGUCAAGUCGCACGAACCAGCAAUAGCUCACCUCCUCUGUCCAGUCUGAAGAGGAGGAAGAGGAUGGACAAGAAAACUCACGAGGUGUUUGUGGAGCUCAAUGAGCUGAUAGUGGAUAAGAACCAGGAGAUGCGCUGGAAAGAGACGGCACGUUGGAUCAAGUUUGAGGAAGACGUGGAGGAGGAGACGGAUCGCUGGGGUAAACCGCAUGUGGCCUCGCUGUCCUUCCGUAGCCUGCUGGAGCUCCGCAGGACCAUCACACAUGGUGCCAUAAUGCUCGAUCUGGAUCAAACCACACUCCCUGGCAUCGCCCACUUGCUGGUGGAAACCAUGAUAAUCUCAGACCAGAUCAGAGCAGAAGACCGAGCCAAUGUGCUGCGGGCCCUGCUGCUCAAACACAGUCACCCCAAUGAUGAGAAAGAAGGCCUUUUCCAUCGGAACCACUCUGUCACCAGUCUGGGGGGAUUCCGUCACAACCACAAUCACGUGCACGACACCAGCCUGCCCCUGGUGUCCCAGGACCACGAGGAGAUGCAUGACAGCAAAGCGGCAGAACAUGACAAAGAGAAAAACCCCCACCCUGUCCCAGCUGAGGGACACGCUGCCGCCAGAUCAAUGAAACUCCUGGCAAAGAUUCCCAAGGAUGCCGAGGCCACUGUGGUCUUAGUGGGGUGUGUGGAGUUCUUAGAGAAGCCUGCGAUGGCCUUUGUCCGGCUCAACGAGGCUGUGCUGCUGGAGUCCGUUCUGGAAGUCCCUGUCCCUGUUCGGUUCCUCUUUGUGCUGCUGGGCCCCAUGCAGACCAACAUGGACUAUCAUGAGAUUGGACGCUCCUUCUCCACCCUCAUGUCCGAUAAGAACUUCCAUGAGGUAGCGUACUUUGCUGAUGAUCGACAGGACCUGCUUAAUGGCAUCAACGAGUUCUUAGACUGCAGUAUUGUAAUUCCACCAUCAGACGUUGAGGGGAAAGACCUGCUGAAGACUGUGGCCUCCUUCCAGAAACAGAUGCUACGUAAGCGUAAGGAGAGGGAGCUCAAGAAAUGCGGCAGUAUUGUGACAGGAGCUGAGCAGGAGACCAAAGAUGUAAUUAUGGAUGAACAGGAGGAGGAGGAUCAGUUUGAUGUUGAUCCUCUCAAGCGCUCUGGUAUUCCCUUUGGAGGUCUGAUUCACGAUAUUCGCCGCCGUUAUCCACGCUACAUAAGCGACCUGAAGGAUGCUGUGGACACACAAUGUAUUGCUGCUGUCAUUUUCAUUUAUUUUGCUGCUCUUUCGCCCACUAUCACCUUCGGAGGUUUAUUAGGUGAGAAGACACAAGGCAUGAUGGGAGUCUCUGAGCUCAUCAUUUCCACGGCGACAGUGGGAGUGCUGUUCUCCCUGCUAGCAGGACAGCCUUUGCUCAUAAUCGGCUUCUCUGGACCACUUCUGGUCUUUGAGGAGGCUUUUUAUAAGUUCUGCCAGGCGCAGGGCUUCGAGUAUCUCACCGGCCGAGUGUGGAUCGGGUUCUGGCUUAUCUUCAUUGUCCUAGUGAUCGUGGCAGCUGAGGGAAGCUUCCUCGUGCGAUACAUCUCUCCAUUCACCCAGGAGAUCUUUGCAUUUCUCAUCUCUCUCAUCUUCAUCUAUGAAACCUUCUCUAAGCUCAUCAAGGUGUUUCAAGAGCACCCUCUGAUGAUGAGCUACCCUACAACCCCUGCCUUCAAACCCAUAGACCCUUACGGGCAUAGUGUGAUUGGGGAACCCAUCCUCAACCAGCCCAACACAGCCCUGCUGUCCUUAGUGCUCAUGAUGGGAACCUUCUUUGUGGCCUUCUUUCUGCGAAAGUUUCGUAACAGCAGAUUCCUUGGUGGAAAGGCCAGACGAAUCAUUGGUGAUUUCGGGAUACCUAUCUCUAUACUCAUCUCCGUGCUGGUGGACUGCACCAUCCCUGAGACAUACACACAGAAGCUGAACGUCCCCUCUGGUUUCUCGGUCACAUCUCCGGACAAACGGAGCUGGUUUAUCAGCCCCUUUGGAGAUAAACAGCCUUUCCCUAUUUGGAUGAUGGGGGCCUCAGUGAUCCCGGCCCUGCUGGUUUUUAUCCUCAUAUUCAUGGAGACUCAAAUAACCACCUUGAUAGUGAGCAAGAAGGAGCGGCGUUUGGUCAAGGGUUCUGGCUUUCAUCUGGACCUGCUUCUGAUAGUGAUUUUAGGAGCUAUCUGCCCACUCUUCGGUCUGCCCUGGCUGACUGCCGCCACUGUGCGCUCGGUGACUCACGUGAAUGCACUGACAGUCAUGAGCAAAGCCACCGCCCCCGGAGAGAAGCCCAUGAUCCAAGAAGUUAAAGAGCAGAGGGUGACAGGGAUGUGUGUGGCUAUCCUAGUGGGGUUGUCUAUAGUGAUGACAGAUGUGCUGCGUCAUAUUCCUCUGGCUGUGCUGUUUGGGAUAUUUCUGUACAUGGGCAUCACGUCUCUUACUGGUAUCCAGCUUUAUGAGCGAAUCACACUCAUGGUCACCCCUGCUAAACACCAUCCUGACCACAUCUUUGUUACCAAGGUGAAGACAUGGCGUAUGAACAUGUUCACCAUCAUUCAGUUGCUGUGUAUCACCCUGCUGUGGGUGGUGAAGUCGACUGUAGCCUCUCUGGCCUUUCCCUUCAUCCUAAUCAUGACCGUACCUUUGCGUAGACUUAUCCUGACCAGGAUCUUCGAGGAGAGAGAGCUUGCAGCAUUGGAUGCUGAUGAGGAUUCGCCCAAUUUUGAUGAAGAUGGACGGGAUGAGUACAAUGAGAUCCACAUGCUUGUCUAGUCACAUGGCUCACCUCUUCUUCACUGACCAAUCGAAUGCACGAUGGGAAAGAUGUACAGAAUGGGAAGAGCUCUGAUGCACUGCCCUCUUUCAGAAUUAUUUCACAUGUACUUUGAAAUUUUCUAAACCUCCGUUCUAAAAAGAAUCACUGAUCAUGUUUUGGAUACUAUUUUCCUUUUACUCCAAAAUGUGGCCUAAAUGUUUGUCUGCUGCUGCCCAGUGACCUUUGAAUAUAAGAUUAGAUACAACCCAUGCACCUUAGACCUCCCAAAGUGCAAUGAUUUUGAGACUAAUCCAUUAGGUUGGUUCUUACACCUCCUAUUCACCCCAUCCCAAUGCACUGCACCCAUGCGGUCCAGACCUACUGCCUGUAGAUCUUAGUUGCCUUGUACUUUACUGUAGGCAUUGACCACAGAGUUUGAAUAUUACAGUAGCACGACCUCUCAGUGUCCUUAGAGUGGUCGGUCCCUUUGCUGUGCUUGAAAACUGUAGUGCAGUCCCUUUAGAUGUACUUUAUGCAGUAGUGAUACCACUUUGAUUGAUGUAUGCAGUAGUUACAAUGCAUUUAGAGGUGCUAUAAGUGAUUUUUAAAAAUAUUUUUAUUUUAUGAAAUAGCAUGCAGAAAACGUCCCUGCUUCCGGACAGAUGUCACUCUCAGACUGUCAGUCAUUUUGAAUUAUUUGGCUUCUGGGGGUUAGCGAAAUGGCUAACAUUGCUUACAGCCCAUUUAAUAGAAAAAACAAAAACAAAAACAUUAUUUAUCUUUAGCCUUCCAAACAGAUUCACAAUAAAAGUGUAUUUGAUUUGAUUUGAUUUAAGUUUUUGGUUUAUCUCUCAGUACAUGGUUUCAUACCAAACUAAUUUGCAUUCAAAGUUUAUUUUACUUAAAUUAUUAUAAUAUUUUUAAUCAAUUAAUUUAUGUUUAUUUUUAACAUCUCGCUUUGUUUCGGUAUAUUUGUCUUGAAGAUUCCCAAAAAUAUUUAAUGUUUUUUUUUUUUUUUUUUUUUAUUAAUGUAAAUUUAGCAUUUAUAAUUUAAAUAGGGUUUAAUGGCUAAAUAUGUUGCUGUUAUAAAUAUUAGUGCAUUUGUGUGCACGUUUUCAACAUGACCCUUUUCAAAGAACUAAUUCCAUUCCUUAUGCUGUUAUACUGCAGUGUAUUCGGGAACAGUUCAACUGAAAAAGGUUAAAGCCAUAGAAUAUUGAAAAUAGAAAAAAAACAAUGCUAUUUCCAAAGGCUGUCAAACUGCCAGUGAGCGAGAGACUUUGGCUUUGAUAAAACAUGCUGCCAAAUUGUUAGUCAGGUUCAUGGACAGUAGCGACAAACUUUGGCUAUUUUAAAAGUUAGCACAUGACCUUUUUUAAAUCUUCGCUAAGCCAACAAAUCCAAUUUUCCCUUGCAUUUCAAAACCUUUAAUGGUGAUGUGUGUAUUUUCUAUAUAAAAAAAAAAAAAAAAACCUUUAUUCCAAACCUUCAUAGGCAGCAACAUUAAAAACAUUGCUCUGUUUGUUUGAGCAUCCUAAUCAACCUGACACGAUCAGCCAAUGAGUUGAGUUUGGGGCGGGACUAGCAGUUUGACCGAGCAAUAGGAGACGUGAAGGGACUUUCAGGUAACCUGUUUGCAAUUCCAUUUGGAGAAAAAAAGAAUUUAAAUACUUCACAUUUAACAUCUUCAUCUCUAUCCUUUGGCGAACAAAACAGCCUCAUAUGGACAUGAAAACAAGACAAACUGUUCCAUUACACUCAUGCUUAAGAGUUCGGGCAAUUGCCUUUAGAGAAAGCUGCCCUUUGGACUGUAAAUAUUGUGCCAUCCAUGAGUGUAUUGGAUUUUUUUAUGCGUAAUACAGACUCCUUGGCCUAGUCAUGCUAGACUAGAUCAUUCCAUCACAAACAUAUAUUCCGCACGUGUUUCUUUUUGCUCCUUGUUUCCCCACUUUUUAGUGUGAAAACAAGAGGAAAUUGUGCAAUAAAGAAAUAUCUGUCAUGCAGUGCUGUGCUACUCUGAAUAAUUGUUUAGUUUCUUGGAAAGCACAAGCCUAAGUGCUGCUCUCGAGCCUAAGAGCGGUAAGUGGAGAUCUGUGGUUGUGAAUGGCGGGUCUUUGAAGCACUUCAUGUGAAGCCACACAUCAGAUGUGUUUUACCAUGUAACCUUAGUUGAGUCAUCAGAUAGCUCUGUACGCACACCAAAAGGGUAGAACAUUGGUUUUUAAUUUUUUCCCCUCAGCAUUUAUCAAUUGGGAUGUAGCUGAGAGAAGAAAAUUGGAUAAGAACAAGCUGGCUGUAAUGCUUUAGAAUCAGAUUCCCAGUCUUUGAAGCCUUUGGCAGCAACAGAUCUUAGCUUCAGCAACAAAUGUUAACUUCCCAAAGGCAAACGUUAUUGCUUAGAAGUGGCUUUAUUUGUAUAGCUCAGGAGAUUCGUUGGAGUUCUCAGUGAGGUUUCAUUGAAAAAUGGCAUUUGGGUUUGGCUUAUAUCUGAUGAAACAGAUUUUUUAAUUAGACAAAAUGAAGGGUCAUACUUAAAUUUAUUUACUGUUUAAUUGGAUUGUGAAAAGUGAGUUUUAUAUGGCAAAAUGUUGACAGGUGAUGAAGGGACAGGGCUAUAAACGCGCUUCAUGAUGUCAGGAGAAAAAAUAAAUAAAAAUCAGAGGCAUAGUGAGUUCUUACCAAUUUUAUGUGUGAAAAAAUUGCUUUGAAUAAUGAGCACCAAAGCCAGAAUUUCUCAUUGAUGAAAUAAGUAGGAUUCAUUUUAAAUUUGGACUUGAAACGAACUGAUGGAAAAUGUGGAGCAAUUUUGAAGCAUUUCCUCUUCCAUUUAUUCUCAUUUUGAAUCAUGCUUGAGAAAAGAUAAUAUAGAGAUCUUCAAGGGAGAUUCUGUGUGAUUUUAUCUUCCCUGUUGGGUUGAAAUGGAGCUCCUCUGGUACUUUUAGAGCUGUUAUCUGCUUUGGGGUUAUUUGUUUCUUAUACUGUAUAUCUUGAAGAUAUUUGUUGCUUUAUGGAUGGUCUGAAGUUUAUUGCACUACCAUUGCUGUUCAAACUGCCAUCACUCGAUCUCUACAGGCUUGCUUUGAGUAAAUACAAUCCGAGCAACAGAAAGAUACAGAGACUUCUUUUCAGGUUUUUGGAUUUUGAGUUUGUCAAUCUUCAUCUUCCACUGUGAAUUAGCACUAAAUUCUAAGUUGCACAGAUCUGUCUAUUGCACUUUUUACAUAACUGGUUUGAUUCAUGGAUUGUAAACAUACAAGCCCAACUUUGUAGCGGUGUUACAUUUGAGAGCCCAAGCAGUGAAGUUCUGGAUGCACCUUAUUGUAUUUGUUGGAUUUUAUACUAUUGAUUUUUUUUUCUGUCUUUGGAAGCCUUAAAACAAUUUUGAGCUUGUCAGACUCUUUUGUACCUAGUUGAUUGAUUGCCAUCUUGGAUUUUUAUUAAAUUGUGCUGCUCCUCUUACAAAGUUCAUCCAGUCAUUUCUUAGAUGAUAUUCAGAUCAAGUUACAGUAGAUAGUUUGGUGACAGUACAACCUACUGGUCAAAAGUAUUUGCCUAUAACAUUUUAACAAUUUGGCUUGAAGUUGAACCAAUUGGCCUUGCGAUUCCUUAAGUCAGCCUUUCUAACAUUCUUAAUUUUCUUGUAAAAUUUUCAACACUUAGGAGUACCAAAACAAAACUUGUUACUAUAAGCUCAAAAAAUGAAAGAACAGAAACACUAAACUAUGGUAAAAAUCUUAUGGCACUUAUGGCAUGUCUUGAAGCUACCAGGACAGUUUUGGGCUAAAACCUAGUGAUCACCAAGUUCGUACAAGUUUAUUCCAGUUUUCCCCAUAUUUGGCUCUGAUAAUUUUUAGAGCAUGCUGGAUAAAAGCCAUUCAAUGUAAUGUUUGUGUGUGACUAUCAGUUCUAUUGUUAAGAAGCUGAAAAUCUAGUCUAGUGAUCAGAAGGUGGUUGUAGCCCAGUUCCUCAAAUGUCAAUCAAAUUUCUCAGCGCUCCACCUCAUAAUUGAUUCUUUUAGCGGUAUUCUAUAUUUUUAUUUUAACCAAUUUUGUCUGCUUUUAUUUAUUAGCAACUAGGGGUGUAACGAUACGUGUAUUCGUACCGGACCGUUUCGUUACAGGGCUUUCGUUACGGUGCACGUGUGUACCGAAUGACCGAAUGCAAUAUUUUCUGAGCGGAACAAAGGUACAUUUUCUUGUUUCCAAACGAACAUACUAAGUGGCGGAAGUAUCCGCGUUCAGCUCAUAUCCCCUCCCUGCAGCUGAUUCUAAGGCCGGCGACACACUGGAUGUGUGGCGCAAGCGUCUCAGCUGCGUGCCGUGUCCGUUUUUAAUUCGGCUCCCAUGUUAACAGUUUAGAGCUUGCAGACUGCCUACGUGAGACGCGCGUAAAAUGCGUGCAUGCUAUUUUCAAAUAUUACACCUGUCAAACAUAGUCUAUUUUGCCAUCAAAACUGUUGACGGUGUCGUUUAUCAGUAUGCUUUAUAUUUAUGCUCAACAUGAAGUAUAGAUAUUGUUGUCGUGGAGAUAAGAGCCUGGUCUGUCGGCGGUCUCCCUCUAUGUCACCUACAGUAGCAGCAGCGCGCCAGCGACGCGUCAGGCAUGGUUCUGGUGUGUAAAGACACAGAAAACGCGAAGCAACCGCCACGCAGCUCACACGCAGCAGAAACGCCACGCUCACGCCGACGACACAGCUGUGAUUGGUAAUGCUGCACUGUAAUCAUAGUUAUUUAUGUAUAUUUUUCAUUAUAUUUUAUUAUAUGAUAUUGGUUUGAGAGUAUUUUAUUUAGUGAAGAACUUUGCAGCAGUAUUUUAUUUCUUAUUCUUUUUUUAUUUUAUAUAUAUUUGUAAACUAAUUGUUAAAAAAAGUUUCUAGUAAUAAACAACCUGCAGUUUAAUGUUUGCAUUUCUUUCCCUUACUGUACCGAAAAAGAAACCGAACCGUGACUUUAAAACCGAGGUACGUACCGAACCGUGAUUUUUGCGUACUGUUACACCCCUAUUAGCAACCAAUAUGUCUGGAAUAGAAUUUCUCUGCAGGUUAGGAGAGGUUGUCUUUUUUUUUUUAAGUUGCUGCAGUUAAAAGCUUGUAGUGGUCUUGGAGUGGGCUGUCAGUCUGCCGCAACCUCAGAUGCACUUAGCUGGGUGUUCGGUCAUCUUGGGGCCCGAGCGUUUACUUUGGGGAAAGAAAAAGUGUUCAAAGCAGGCCAUCUGUCGCAGCUGAAUACCACAGCUAGGAAUAAUGGAAUAGGUUCUAUUUUGUGGGUUUCUGGAACCCGGGGCCAUAAUUAGGAGGGACGGCCGGGGGGCAUUCGUAAUGCGCCGCUAAAGGUGGAAUUCUUGAACGAAACACCGAAAGAUGGACGAAAGUGAAAGCAUUUUCCAAGAAUGUUUUCAUUAAUCGAGAACAAAAGUCAGAGGUUCGAAGAUGAUCAGAUACCGUCAUAGUUCCGUCCAUAAACAAUGCCGACCUGUGAUCUGGCGGCAUUAUUCCCAUGACCCACCGGCAGCGUGCUGGAAACCACGAGUGUUUGGGUUUCAGGAGGAGUUUGGUUGCAAAGCUAAAACUUAAGCACAAUUUUUUUUAACACUGAAUUCAUUCAUGAGCCACAGACUGACACAGUGAAUGUACAUGGAGUGACGUAGAUUUCUUGUCCAUUAUUGUCUCUGCAACUAUAGUGACAGUUUACAUGUUUAUAGACUGGUUAUGCGCUUGAAUAACCAACUGUCUGGUAGACUUUCACCUGGUGUGGAAGUCCCAAAGUUCUCCAUAGUUGAUGGACACAGUUGUGAGGAGCUCAUAGUCAUUUACCUCUCUUAUUUUAGGGUUGUAUGAGAUGUUGAAAAAGAAAACACUUUGUGGGAACUUGCUUAUGUGAGAGAAUAAACAGUACUUCUAGACUGCUGUUUCCUGUGUGUGGUUUCUAGGAUGAAGAAGAAGUAGUAUGAAUGGUGCAACAGCAAAAUGAGCGUCUGAAUGAGUCGGGUUUUGGUGGAUGGUGCCACCCUGAUCGUCCAGACCACCCACCCGAUGCUGUGAAGGAUGUGUUAGUGUUUAACUUCAUGUCUGAACUUUCACUUGCUUUCAUGUUGUGAAUGAAACACCAUUCUUCUUCCCAUUGUGAUGAAAUGGAUGACAAUCAGAAAUAUUUGCAGUCAGAUUAUAUUAAUCUCAUUCGCACCCAACAUAUUUUGCAUUCAGCAGGGCACACAGAUACACACAACACUAAAGACAGUGUUUUGGUUCUAACAAAGCAUUUUACUCAGUUAUAAACAGUGCAUCAGUUCAGACUACUGAGACUCAUUGUACAAAGGAAAAUGCUUACCUCUGUCACAUGCUAUUACAAACAAUACUAAUUUACUUUGUAUUUUAGAUCCACGUAAAUGACCCCUAGAUAACAAAAAAAAAAAAAAAAAAAACACACUGGAAAAGAUCCUUUAUGUCAUUUAGUCUUUUUGAGUUUGCAUCAUUUUAGACUGUGUCAGAAAGGCCUCUAUAGAUCUGAAAGUGUUGCCUGGUCAUAAAGACAUGUAGUUUGUCUGUCAGAAAAUAAGACAAACAUUUUGAGUUCAUAUGGUAAAAAUGAUGUGUUACUUUAGCAUUAGCAAUACUGAAAAUACUAUGAUGUUAUGUGGAUAUUUAAUAGCAGUACCGAUUGCUAUUCUGUAAAAAGAAAAAACUGUUUUCAGAGCACUGUACAAAUUUCUUUUUUGUUUUUUUUUUUGUCAAAAUAAAUAUUUAUUACGUGUUUAAAAUG